CUAUUUUCCAUCCAUCGGCUCCUUCGUUUGCUUCUGUUCUCAUCUUCGUUUUGAGGGCGAAUGAUUUUGUAUUACAGAAUUGAAAAACACAUCGUUCCUCAUCUACGUGGUCACUCUCUGUCACAAUGAUUGGGACUACCAUCGGCGGACCCUCACCAAUUCCUCGGUUUUUCGGUAAAUCUGCGGCAACCCACCAACAAAAUUACACCCCCAUCUUCAUGAUUUACAUUGUUGUAAUCUUUCUGAUAUAAUCACAGGUUUAGAACAAUGGGGUAAUCAUCAUUUUAAUCUUUUGUGGCCAAAGGAGGGGGUGAUUUCAAUUUUCAACCAGAAAUAUCGUGCCGGGAAUUUGUGAACGCCCUUCAUUCUGCUUUCGUUUUCAUUUCCAAUCACGACGGCGUGAUGGGGUUAUUUGGUUUCUGAAUCAAUUUCAUUCCAAUUUUCUCAUCGCACCGAAAUAUGGGUUGCGAAGAAAUUUUGUUGAUCACAAUCUACGCGAUAUUUUCCCUUCUUAUUCGCAGUAAUAUGGUGAACACUCGUAGUUGCUAAGUGUACUCUUCCAGUGAGGAGCCCCCUCGGAUUCUUUGAUACGGAUUCAUUAUAGGGUUUUUGUUUGUUUUCCUCCUUGAUUUUAUAUAUUGCAGUUCAAAGCUUCUUCGAGAGACUGAACCCGCGGUUUGAGUGCCACAUGGGAUUGGGAUUAAUCCGAAUAUUGAGGAAGAAACGAGAUUCAAUCCAACAAGCUGAAGAACCCGGAGGAUGGAAUUGCAACUGGGUUUGAUUGAACAAUCGCUUAACAGUCGCUAUUCGCUCUGGGUUCGUGAAGCUCUUUACGAUUUGUCGGAUAAUUUUACAAUCACUGACCCCAGUAUAGCGGGUCACCCAAUUGUGUUCGUGAGCCCUGGAUUCUUGAAGAUGACUGGAUAUACCAAAGAAGAGGUGAUUGGCAAAAAUGGUAGGAUGUUUCAGGGCCCAGAAACUAGUAGGAGCUCAGUAAUGCAAAUUCGUGAGGCAGUUCGGGAAGAGAAAGGGAUUCAAAUUAAUUUACUAAAUUAUCGCAAAGAUGGGACACCCUUCUGGGUUUUCUUCCAAAUGACCCCUGUUUUCAGCAAGGAAGAUGGGGGGGUCAUUCACUUUGUGGGUGUUCAGGUGCCGAUUUUGAAGAAUUCAAGAAAGUCUAGAUGUGGGUUCGUAAGAAUUCAAGGUGUUCCAUAUGAGAACGAAUUUAGAGCUUGCAAAAGUCUUUUAGGGUCCUGUCGCCGGGAGUUAUUGUCUGAUUCUAUCUCGGAACUAGAUUGUCUUUUGAAUAGAGAUUCACCACCGGAUUCUGAUAGUAGAGAUUCCAUAUUCAUUUUGAGGCAAAAGUACAAGUUUAUGGUCUGUUACCAUUGUUCAUUCAGAGCAUUAGUCACUUUUCCACUAGUUGUUAUUUUAUUUUUAUUUUCAUCUUUGGUUAUAAUAUCGGCCAUUGAGUUUCUACUGAGUGGAUAUCUCAUAGGAGUAGAGAUUGAAGAACCAUGUGAAGCAUGUGAUGAUGAGAAGCAAAGAGCUGCAAUUGCCAUUGGUAACAUCUUAUCUGUCCUAACUCAUUACAGUGAGGUAACUGGCAGAUUGGUGUGCGAAAGGAGAUGCAGCUUGCCUAGGGUGGGCAUUCUUUGUUCAUCCUUGAAUACAUCUCUUAAUAGAAUUAAACAGAGCUUUGUAUUAACCGAUCCAAACUUACCAGACAUGCCUAUAGUUUAUGCGAGUGAUGAGUUUUUGAAAUUAACAGGUUAUACUAGAUGUGAAGUGCUUGGGCGCAACUGUAGAUUCUUAAGUGGAAUUGACACAGAUUCUUCAACCCUUUUUAAGAUAAAGGAAAGUCUUCAGUCUGAACAAGCUUGCACCGUACGGAUUUUAAAUUACAGGAAAAAUAAGAGCUCAUUUUGGAAUGAUCUCCAUAUAUCACCUGUCCGUAAUGCUUCUGGCAAGGUAGCAUAUUUUGUGGGUGUCCAGAUGGAUGUAGAUGAUAAAAUACAGGAUGAACAUGGGUUGAACCCUAAGAUGAAGCAACUUAGCACUGUGGGUGCAGUCAGGGUGGCCGUGAGGAGCCUGUCGAUGACCGUGGGCUGUUCACAGGGCUAGCCCCUUUUCCACGUUUUGAAUAGUAAUACUAAAUUUUCUCUGUAAUUACAUCUUCUGAAGAGGUAUAUAAGAUAAGACAGUAGAUGUUCAUAAACAUUAUUGUAAAGUUCACAUUUUUCUAAUAUAUGGAAUGGAAAGUGCUUCAAUUUAAGUUGAAA